ACACAGGCUUAGACGGACGGAUUGAGACGACGUCUUCUGUCACAGGUGAAAGAAAAGAUGCUGCGUGAACCAACACAGCGGCAGCGUCGCGAAAAAUGCAGACCAAAAGUGUAGCUCAAGAUUGAACCGUUCAAGGACGAUGGACGAAGGAUCAUUAUUUGUGUUAGCUUUCGUAAUUUGAGAGUAAGCCUGUCGUCUGUGCGUGUGUGUGCUCUCUGUGCUUGUUAUUCGUCCUCCUGUUUCGUGUUGCUACGGUUCGGCGGAUCAGGUAAUCCCUGCUUUGCAUCAACGUGCUUUCUCGACCCGAGCCCUGCGGACAGUUAUUGAUUGCCGGCCUGGCCUUGUUCAGGUAGCGAAAGGAGGCGCAUAGUCCGCAUCAAUCGCCGCCAGUGGCGUCUUGCACCGACGAUGAUCGAUUGAUUUCAGCGUACACAUAAUCAUUCCCGUUUGGUUCCUUUAGCCGUAAACAAUAGUAUCUGUCCUGUCGUUUGUUUUGCUUCAACGUCACAUCGCCGACGGUAAAAAAACAAACGAGCAUGGAGCCAGAGCAAGAGCCCGAACCGAUCGGAGAAGAUGAUCCAGUGGAUGUUCCGAACUCGAAUCCCGAAACAUACUGCCGGUUUUGCUUCUCGGAGAACGAAGUAGAACCACUGUUUGCCGCGAAUGGCACGCAGGCCAGUGCCGAACUGCUGCAACGCAUCCAAGAGUGCAUCGGCAUCAAGCUGACACGGAAGGAAUACUGCCCCAGCGCCAUUUGCUGGUCGUGUACGCUCACGCUGGAGGAGUUCCAAUGCUUUCGCAAACGUUGCUUGAAAUUCGACACACUGGUGCGGCGCUUGCUGCCGACGGUGAAAUCGGAACCGAGCCAUCGCACUGCCACACCGACGACUGCGGGGCAGAAGGAGAAAAAAAUUACCAGCAAGCAACAGCCGGCGGCAAAUGUGGCCGAUUCGGAGAAAAACAAUGGUGGGCCGUCGACUGCGUUGAAGUUCAAAUGCCAGUUUUGUCCGCGCAGCUUCAAGCACCGAAUGUAUUUGGAUCAGCAUCUCUGGAAGCAUCGGGACCGGAUCGCGGCGGAUGCAGCCUCCGCCGCCGGCGCGGGCACUAAAAAAAUUCCUCACGUAAAUGGAAACGGCAGCUCAGCGGUAAAGAUUAAAUCGGAACAAGCUGCGCAACAGAAAUCCGCUGAGCAGAAAGCUCCUCCUGCUGCUGCUCAUCCCGCUGGUGGCGGUGCUACCGAUCGGCCAAUUAGCUGUGAAUACUGUCCCCGCAAGUUUACCCGCCGGAUGUACUACAUGCAGCAUCUUCGCCGGCACAAACCGGACGAGCGGCUGUUCCGCUGCCGGCAUUGCCCGCGCAGCUUCACGUCACAGCUGCGACGUACCGGGCACGAGCGAAAGAUACACGGCCAGCUGAGCAACCCAAAGUCGGAGCAAAAGGACACCUUCUCCUGUCCGAAGUGUUCGCGCGUGUUUAAGCACCGGUCGUCGUUGCGGAUGCAUAUGCUGAACCACGACGGACAGCUGCCGUACGGGUGCGACAUCUGCAACUGUCGCUUUUACAGCGUCAGCUAUCUGGCCCUGCACAAGAAGCGCUACCAUGGCCCGAACGCGGCCCGGUCCAUGACGAACGGUACCUCCAUUCCGUGCCAUUACUGUUCGCGCUGGUUUCUGCGCGAGUGCGACCGGUCGAGCCACAUCAAGCAGAUGCACGCGGACAUGCACGCGAGCAAAGAGUCAGCGGCCGGGUUUAACCAACUGCUCGAAGACUGCCCCCCGGCAGACAGUGAGGGACUGACCGAUCCGGAAAUGUUGCCGCCAAACGUGCACGAGCCGAUGAUGGUGAUCAAGGAGGAGGAACCGGACGGGCACGAAGCGGCGGCUUCCAAUUCGGUAGCGAACAAUCCGGACACGCUGCAGUUCUACUGCUACUCCUGUGCCAUGCCGUUCGACACGGAGGACAUGUUCUCGGAGCAUCUGGACGAUCAGCAUCCGUUCGGGGGCGAACAGCUGAUGGAUCAGCUACAGUCGGCUUCCCCGUUCGGGGAGCAACAGCAGCAGGAACAGCAGGACCAGGAUGCGAACGUGUUCAAAUGUCCGUACUGUCCGAAAACGUUCACGCGCAAAUGGAGUUUGACGCAGCACUUGCCGACGCACAUCGCGAAGAAAGGAUACCAGUGCGAAUACUGUCCUGCGAUCUUUACGCGCAACGAGUACUUGCGCACGCACCGGAAGCGCAAACAUCCGAAUCUGCCAGAGACGGGCGCGCACAAAUGCAGCUACUGUCCGCGCAUGUUCAACAUGGUGCGAUACAAAAAGGUGCACGAACGGAUCGCACACAUCAAGAAGGGAGACAUCCUGCCGGAAGGGGACGACACGGAGAGCAGUGAGGUGGCGGCAAUCAACAGUUUGCAGGUUGAGAAGCAGCUGGACGAAAGUAGCAACAGCCUGGCACCGGAGCUACCUUCCCGUGCGUCGGACAGUUUCGAUCAAGCGUCCAACGACGCGCCCAGUGUCGCUUCCGUGCAUAACUACGCCGAUCUGGAAGCAUCCUCACGGCUCGCCGUUGUGCUGGAACGGUUGCCGGCACAGGAGCUGGAACAGUACCGAUGGCAGCUGGAGCACUACGCAAGUAUGCCACCCGUCAUCGAAAUCAAGCGGGAACUGUUGGAUCCCCAGUACGGCGAUAUCGAGGGCGAGGGCGAGGGCUUCAAUGACAACGCUGUUUAUGAUGGUAAUAAUUACGACGAUGAGCAGGUGGAAGAGGAAGAUGCUGCUAGCAAUGACGCGGAGGAUUCGUUUCAGCCAGACGAAACGAACGAUUCGGGAAAGCAGCUACUGAAGCGAAAGCGUACCAAGUUUGGCAUCACGCUUCAUCCCUGUCCGCACUGCUCGAAACUGUUCAAAACCCGCACAGCGCUCCGGCUGCACGCGCUUUACCACAGUGGCGAUCUGCCGCACCGGUGUGACGAGUGUGGCGUACAGUUUAUGCGCUACAACCAGCUCGUGUAUCACACGAACCGGUACCAUGGGGCGAACAGCGCUACGAUGGCAGCCCGGUACAGCUGCGACUACUGUCCGCGCAUUUUCCUGCGCAAGCAGGACCGCACCACGCACCAGCUGAUGGUGCACGCGCGCGAUCAGGCGAAUGCGAUCGAUAAAUCGCCGGCGCUCACAAUCGCGAAGAAAACGAAACGCAAAGAUUACGUGUGCCGCGUGUGCGAUGCGGAGUUCGAGAAGUAUCGGCGGUGCGUCCGGCACAUCACACUCAUCCACGCGGGCUCGGAUGGUGAACCGGAGUGUCGACCGAUCAAGCUAUGCCACUGCAGCAUCUGCAGCGGCAUCUACAAGAAGCGCGACGACUGGCACGAGCAUCUGAACGACCAUCCGAGCGUGCGGCCGCACCACUGCGAGCAGUGCAUCCGGAGGCGCAGGAAAGCGUCCAGCCGGAAGCAGGUGCACCGCUGCUCCUACUGCCCGAAAGCGUUCGAGCACAAGCCGAACCUGGCGUCGCAUCUGCGCAUACACAAGCAGCAGCUGCGGUUCCCGUGCAGCGAGUGCGGCGUAAUGUACGACCGGUAUCGCGAUCUGCUGACGCACCAGAGCCGCUACCAUCCGGAGAAUCAGGACGAUUCGGUUGCGCGUGAGCCGCUGCCAAAGUGCAACUUUUGUCCGCGUGUGUUCACCCGGCAGCGGGAUGUCAAGUAUCACCAGGAGCAGGUGCAUGCGGAUCAAGUGAUACCGGCUGGCGACGCGGAAGCUACUAACGAACCGGAGGAGGAUGAAGAACCGGACGAGCAGCAGGAAAAUGAGGGUGAUGGUUUGAUGACAUUCGGGUUUGGGCCGGAGAUGUUUCCCGAGCCCGACGUGCAAGAGGACCCGGUGUUUAAUGCAGCUGACCUGCCGAUCAAAUCGGAGCCGGAUCCCGAUCCCCCGUCACCAAGCAGUAAUAUGAUGAUUGAUUGAGUUAAUUUAUUCCCUAGCUGUCGCAAAUGUUUUCGUAAAGUGCUAUGUGACGAAAGGCCCCACAAUGCAUCACAACUGUGUAGAUUUACAUUUGAAUGUAGUGUUCAUCUUUCUUUUUUUAUCAAACAGUUUGACUUUGCGCAAUGCAAUUGUAUGAUUUCGAGAAGGUAAAAGGGACGAUUUUUGCUACGUACACAUUACAACGCGGCAUUUAAAUAAAGACUUGCAGUAAUCAUUAUCGAGUAACAUUACAUACCUCUGCUUGGUUAGGUUCGAAUCAAUUAAGCUAAAACUAUGUCGACUUACGUGUGUUUGCGUUGGAUAUUAUUAGCAUAUAAAGCAAUAAAAGUAACACAAAGAGA